CAGCCAGCAAAACUUCUGCAAAAUGGUACAAAAAGCAUGGAGAAUCAUCCCAAGGCCACUACUGGAGACCAUCCUCAACAACCACGCCCAACAUCACCGCGUGCCACAACCCCUCAUUCUCCACGGUCCUCGUGGCGUUGGCAAAACCACCCUCAUCCUUGAACGUUUGCUGGAUGAUUGGAAUACUGGACCUCAUGUAACAGGGUAUGUGGACUUUGCAGAGAAUAUUAAAGAUCAGCACCCAAAGUAUGGUUGUUCAUUUCCGUGGGCAUCAUGGUCAAAUUGUCAGCCGCAGCCGGCUCUUUUGUCUCUCAGAAAUCAGCUUGAAGAAAGCCUUGAGUCCAUGGUUAUAAGGGGUAUAAAGCUGGGUAAAAUUAGUUCGCAUCAAAUAUUUACUACUAUUAACAAAUGGCAUAAUCCCACUACAGCAAUUGAAAGGAUUUGUGGGUUGAAUGUCAUUAAUAGUUUAAGAAUUAACUCAAAAAGGGACGUCGUGAAAAGGGAUGAUUCUAAGAGGAGUAAAAGGAAGGUAUCUGGAGUUGCUGCUGCUAGUUCUUUGUCUAGUUUAUUGAAUUUGUGGGAUAGGGCUGUUUUUCAGCUAUCUGUUCGAUUAAAUGCCAAAGAGAGUUUUGGGGGGGAUGUGAGCUUGGUGGAGGAUUCGUAUUAUAGGGAAGCAAUGGCUGCAUUGGAAUUGGCUAAGGAGGUUAUAAAAGUGCAGCAAGGGUGGAGAGCUAAUGCUAUUAAGCAUUUAAAUGAGACAGGUGGCUUUUCAAGGCCUUUAGCCCAUUCAGCAACUGAUUGGCCUUGUUUAUUGCUUGAAUUAUUGUCUUCUGCUGCUGAAGUAGGUUACUUUCAGCCAAAGCUGGUGAUAAACAACAUUGAUGUCCUAAAGAAUGCAGUUUUGACAGAUGAUACUACUGUGAAUGCAUCCAUGUAUCAUGACAGCUUUAUAUGGAGGACUAUAGCUCUGUGUGUGAAUGAGAGAUGUCUUCCUGUGAUUCUUGUGACGUCAGAUAGCUACUACUCUUACCAAGCUUUUAUUGAUUAUGGAUUUCCAGAUAUUUUCAUCUCUCGUGAGACAUUUGGGUGGACUCCAGCAGAAGCCAAUAUGCACAUGGUUGAUGAUUACUUUACUCAAGCUGAGUGGAAUUUAAUUGUUGAGACCCUAGGGCCAAGUCCGCGGCACCUUUUUGAGGUUUAUGCACUCAAGCUUAGUAACUAUUACAAUAAGGUCACGGAUGAGAAAGGUAGCACCUUUGAAGACAUUGUGGAUGCAUACUUGGCAUAUCUGCAAUUAACUGUAGUUGAUCCUGCGAUGGAAAAAGCACUUCUGCACUUGCAAAAGUUCGCAUUGGAUGCACAAAGUGGAAAGGUUUCAAAAGACAGAUUGCGGUUUGGUGCUCCCUGGAGACAUCCUCCACAUACAGACGAUCCUUCCAUAUGCCACCAGUGGGCUAAGAUUCAACUGCUGGACUUUGUUCAGUCUCUAGUCAACACAGAAUUUGGGGUUAACUAUCUAGCCGACUGUAGUCUGGAGAUCUUGGAUGAUCCUUCAGCUGUUGCCUUGUUAGAGGUUGGUUUGCUUUAUGCCCAACGUGACCCUUCAUUCAUUCGCCCCAUAACACGUGGUAUCCAGAGAUGCCUUGCGAGAUGGCUUGUUCAGCAGCGGCUGCAAAUGAAUUUUAAGCAAUCUGUUGAGUUCCUUUGGCAAGGAAGUGUAAGGGGACGCAGUUAUCGCCAUUUGAUGUUGCAAAUACGCUAAAACAUGGAUAUGACAGGCCCUGUUCAAGCUAUGUUAACACAGACUCUCCUCCCAAUCCCAGAGCACCUGUUUCAACAUGACACAACUCAGGUGCCGGAUAAAUGUCUGAAAUGGUCAGACUCCGUUGGGUGCAUUAAAUAAUGUUUGAGGCUUAUGGCUGCAUCAACUGCUAUUCACCACUGUUGUUGAUGUUGGAGGGGAAGAACUAAUCUACAGUUUGUUGAGAUUGGAAGAGGAUGGAGGACCAAUUGAACUAAAAGUGAUGUGCUAGCAUGGAUUCUACUAUUAAAUCUGUCUACUGAUGGGAAUAUGGCAUCUGUGGUGAUGAAAUUGAUUGCACGAUGCCUCACUAGGGGGUUUUGGAGGGUUCAAUUCAUGUAAUCAAUGAGUUCAUCAAUGAGACAUGAUGAGAUGCUACCCGGAAAGAGGGGAAGAUGAAGAUUUUUUUUUUUUUUUGGGGGAAAAGAUGCAGAGGAUAAUUUAAAAUUGAGGAAUAUUAAUAGCUCAACCUUAGAGUAGCAGUUGGACUUGAUGUACUAGAUGGGGCAAUCCAUGGAGAAGAGUACAAGGUUUUGCAGAGUAGCCUGCUGGUGAAUCAUUGGAUACGCAAAAUACAUACAUUUUUCUUUCUAGUUGCCAUUGGAUUAUUAUCAGAAUCCUUGUCAAUUCUAGGUUACUAGCGGAAUUCCCAUCUCAUCCUGUAGAAGAAUUUAUCCAAUGGCAUAUGAGAAAGAUCUUCCAGGUAUAGCUGCCUCUGCAGGUGCAAGUGAAUAUUUGUAGAAAUACAGAUAUGAAGCCGAAGAGGCAAAUGAUUGUAGAAAUUGCAGACGGCUUUCCAACUGGACAUCA